AUGCCUCGAACGUUUCCUCGAAUUUGUCCGCUAUGUGGCAAACCUGGUGUGUCCAACUUGAGUUCUCAUCUUGAAAUUGUCCAUGACUUAACCGGGCUAAGACGAACACGACUCUUAACAGAGGCUAAGGUUUCUUGGGAAUCAAAAAGAGAAUAUAUUUCUACAAGCGUCGACUUACCUCGUUGUUCAUCUAGUUCCACGAGAAAAAUAUGUGAACCAAGAAAAAGAAGACCAGUAAGACCAGUAAACGAAACGCCGAAAACUUCUUCUACUGCAAAGAAGGUAAAGCUUUCCCAUGAUGUUUCCUUGGCAACCGAGCCUUAUCCAGAUUUUAUGUUUCGCCAUAAGUUCUCACUCCUUGUGGUUGGCCCUAGUCAAUCAGGGAAAACAGUUUUCGUCGAACAGAUUCUAACGAGAGAUCGUAUUGUCUACGAAACCAACAAGCCCCGUCGCAUUUUAUGGUAUUACAGUCAGUGGCAAGAUAGAUACGAAGCUUUGAAAUCAGCGAUCGGAAAGGACAUUAAAUUUUUUCGUGGCCUUCCCACAUUUCAAGAUGAUCUGCGAGAAAUUGACCCAAAAUACAACAACGUUAUCAUCUUUGAUGAUCUAAUGGCAGAAGCGAUCGAAAGCCCCAUCGUUUCUCGGUUGUUUACCCAAGGUCGCCGUAGAAAUGCCAGCGUCAUACUGCUCCUUCAGAAUAUGUUCCCCAAGGGAAAAUUUAACACCGAUAUCAGUCGGAAUGCACAGUACAUGGCUCUUUUCCGAAGUCCUAGCGAUCGGAAACAAAUCGGAAUUGUUGCUGAGCGUAUGUUUGAUAAGAAUCGCCAACGAUUCAUGACAGCUUAUUAUCAGGAAACAGAGAGGCCUUACGGUUACAUCUUUGUAGAUAAUAAACCGGACACGGCGGCAAAUAAGCAGGUGUUGAGCGACAUCUUUGGCUCUUGUCGAGUUUACCCAAGUAUCAACAAAACCUUAAAACCAGAGGGAGAGGUGGAAUCGAUCCCCCCAAAGGAUCUUAUUGUGCCCCGAAAUAUGGUGAAGCUAAAUCAUCUACGCGUAAACCGAAACCGUUUGAUCUGGAUUGGUGUGGGAUGACCUGGUCCGCCUUGCAGAAUUAUUUACAUGGAGCGCCCUAUCUCAAAGCUAUUCCAGAAGGGUUUGGCCUUUGCGAGAUGUACACGAGCACUCGAAAUGCUGUUAACCCUUAUACCCCCACAGUCAUGUUUGCAUCUGAAAAUUACUGGCCCGUCAAAAUAAAACAUUAUUCCAACGGCAAAAGAAAGUGGAUUUAUAUACACGAAGACGAACCAAGUGUCCAAGCAUUUCUUCAAGAAACGAAAGCA